AUGCCUGCCUACCACUCCAUCUUCCUCGAAGAUCGGGAUGUCCCCGUAAUAGGCAACUUUCCAGUUCUACCCCUCCGCACCCGCACUCGCGGCCCCGCAUACACCCUCCCCAUGCUACCCCCGGGCGUCGCCGACAUCGACGUACAGCCAGAUAAUGAGUCCUACGACUGCGUAGACGAAAUUCUGUCUCUGUUCCGGGCGAAUGUCUUGUUCCGAAACUUCGAGAUUAAUGGCCCCGCCGACCGCAUGCUCAUCUACGGCACACUGUUCAUCACUGAAUGCCUGGGGAAGGUUAAGCCUACGAUGUCGGCUCGUGAGGCGGAGAAGGCUCUAACCAAUGUUGCGCUUGAUAACUUCGCUAUCCCUGGUGAUGCGUCCUUUCCAUUGAACCAGGCUUUUGAACCUCCGCGAGAUCGCCAGGAUGCUGAGACACUUCGAUCAUACCUUACCCAAGUGCGACAGGAGAUUGCGAGCCGACUGCUUGCGAGACUAUACCCCGGUGGUGUUGGUCCUUCGAAGUUCUGGCUUAGCUUCACGAAGAGAAAGUUUAUGGGAAAGAGCUUUUAAGGUAGACUGUUUUUCAUUGUGUCGUACCUAGCGUGACUUUGUGGUUACACAUCCGGAUAUAACUGUUCAAAAGAGCACAUACCCCCGAUUUCGCUUUCAGACCGCAGGGUAUUAUUACGCAUGAUUGUCCUACAGGCUUUCCAGGCAGGGCGACAUUAAUCUUGCGGGACCAAGCUAAGCACCAACGUAGUGGAGACGAGAAUAUGUCGCCUUAGAUAAGUA